AUGGGUCGUGUGUUACCGUUAGUAGCACUGCUGGCAGUUGUCUGCAAUGCUGCUGUUAUCCCUAGCCAGCCCAAGCAGCUGGAUAACUUGAAGCCCGAACAACGUGCAACACUUGAUGAGGCGUUGGCUCAGCUGCUGGAGAAUAUCCGUGAGCUACUGCGAACGGGUGAUCCGGAACGAGGCAUUCCCGUAAUGGCUCCACUGCAGACCGAUCGGCUUGAUGUGGAUCUGAGUCUGGGUGGAUUGCUAGACUUCACUGCCAUUUUGCGCAACCUGUUCGUCGAUGGAUUAGACCGUUUCCAGGGCACACUUACGUUGAACGUCAUGCAGAUGGAGUUUCGGUACGAUUUCCUUUUCCCGGACGUGAUCGCACGCGGACAGUACGACGCGGAUGGACGUGUUUUUGGGCUGAUUCCUGUGUUUGGGUUUGGGAAUUUUCACGUUGCGCCACGCGAUCUGCGUAUUCAGGGCACGGCUUUACUACGCCAAUUGCCGUCCGGAUACCUGCACAUGCCGGAACUGAAAGCAAAUGUGCGGCUUGGCUCGUUGCAGAACAACAUCGAGGGAAUGUUGCUCGGAGGAGAGCUAUCGGAUCUGCUUAACGUGGUCAUUCAAGAUCUGGUCCCUUCCGUACUGAUCAACUUUGCACCGGAGGUGUCAGAAAUCAUCUCUCGCGUAGGCAUACCGAUUGCUGACUCCAUUCUGAACACGAUGACGCUGGACGAUUUGUUUGCAUUGAUUCCGCUAAAUGAAUAG